AUGUCGCAAAUAAAGAUAGUACUAGCAUUGAUUUCGAUGUACAGCGUUUCACAUGUGCAGUGUGAGUUAAAUUCCUCAAUGACAAGUGCUUCUUCAAGCGGUUUCGCUUUCGAAAUGGUGAUGGCUAAAAUGCAACUGUUAGAGCAACGAUUGGACCUAUGUUGCAGUGCGUCGAACAUGCCCUUGGUGAAGGAACAGCGUAGCAGCCAGUAUACGUCUUGCAGUAAGAUACCUUUUCCCGUUUCGGGAGUGUACACCAUUCAGCCGGAAAAGCUCUUCAAGGAACCGAUAACUGUGCUCUGCGAUCAAGAGUACGAAUCGGGCGGAUGGACUGUGAUACAACAUCGGUUUGACGGAUCGACGAACUUCUAUCGCAGUUGGCAAGAGUACAAGAAUGGGUUUGGAAAUUUGGACGGUGAGUUCUGGCUGGGGCUAGAUCGUAUUUAUCAUCUGACAGUGUCGGGUGCGCAUGAGCUGGUGAUUCUGCUAGAAGAUUUCGAUGGCAAUAAGACGUACGCCAAAUACGAUCAGUUCGAGAUAGGCAACGAAAAUCAGAAAUAUGCGAUUACAAAACUAGGCGAAUAUUCAGGAACGGCUGGUGACUCCAUGCACAAUGCCAAAGGUAUGAAGUUUUCUACGUUCGACAAUGACAAUGAUAUAUCCAUGGAAAAUUGUGCCAAUCUUUACACAGGAGCAUGGUGCUAUGAUGGCAUCAGUUACUUUACCAGCAACCUUAAUGGAAAAUAUUUGCGCGGAAAAACUAAAGAAUCUGCUUCAAGCAUGGUAUGGAACUCAUUCACAGGAUACCAUUCGUUGAAAAUGUCAAAAAUGCUGAUAAAACCGAAAUCUCUGUAA